AUGGUCUCGCAAACAUUGCCGCAGCAACAGCUAAUCAAGUCAUCAAUCUACAGCGAGAGCUUCGAUAAUAUCUACCUGGAUCUUUCCAAGGAGAGCGGCAAGUGCAGAUUCGCCGAAACCGGUUUCGGAUGGAAGCCUGUCGGCGGCGGCGAGACCUUCACCCUCGACCAUAACAACAUUGCCUCGGCGCAAUGGAGUCGCGCUGCGAAGGGCUACGAGAUCAAGAUUGUCCAACGUGCGAAAUCCGGCAUAAUCCAACUCGAUGGAUUCCUGCAAGAGGACUAUGAUCGACUGGCCAAAGUCUUCAAGAACUGGUACAGCACAGUCCUUGAGAACAAGGAACACGCCCUGCGCGGUUGGAAUUGGGGCAAGGCAGAAUUUUCCAAAUCCGAGCUCACCUUCAGCGUUCAAAACCGACCGGCAUUCGAGCUGCCCUACUCAGAAAUCGGAAACACCAACCUUGCGGGUCGAAACGAAGUGGCUGUAGAGAUGGCCCUUCCCGAGUCAGGUGCCAAUGCCCAGCUAGGUGGUGCCCGGUCCAAGGGGUCAAAGGCUGCUGCUGGUCGAGACCAGCUUGUCGAGAUGCGCUUCUAUAUCCCAGGCGUUACCACCCGAAAAGAGGCCGAAGGGGAGGAUGCUGGCAGCGACGCUGGCAAUGAUGAGCAAGAAAAGAAUGCCGCGACUUUGUUUUAUGAGACUUUGAUCGACAAGGCUGAGAUUGGCGAGACUGCUGGCGAUACUAUUGCCACUUUCCUGGAUGUCCUACAUCUUACUCCCAGAGGCCGUUUCGACAUCGACAUGUACGAAGCCUCCUUCCGACUCCGGGGCAAAACUUACGACUAUAAGAUUCAGUAUGAGGCUAUCAAGAAGUUUAUGGUACUUCCCAAGCCAGAUGAAGUGCACUACAUGCUUGUCAUGGGCCUCGACCCCCCUCUGCGUCAAGGACAAACACGUUACCCCUUCGUUGUGAUGCAAUUUAAGAAGGACGAGGAGGUGACGAUUGAUCUGAACCUCAAUGAGGAUGAGCUCAAGAGCAAGUACCAAGAUAAGCUGGAGCCUCAUUACGAGGAGCCUCUCCACCAGGUUGUUGCCAAGAUUUUCCGUGGUCUAGGCAACAGGAAGAUUUCAUCUCCUGCCAAAGACUUCAUCACACAUCGCAGCCAAUACGGUAUCAAGUGCUCCAUUAAGGCAAGCGAGGGUUUCCUCUACUGCCUGGAGAAGGCCUUCAUGUUUGUGCCCAAGCCCGCUACGUACAUUGCCUACGAACAGACCCAAUCUGUCACUUUCUCGCGUGUCAGUGGAGCUGUCUCAGCACUUUCCACAUUCGACAUUACUGUCCUACUCAAGAACGGUGCCGGGUCAUCCCAAUUCAGCAACAUCAGUCGUGAAGAUCUUAAGGCUCUUGAAAGCUUCUUCAAGUUGAAGGGUCUACGGGUGAAGAACGAGAUCGAUGAGGAUGCCAACCUCCUCGCUGCUGCGCUCGACCAGCAAAUGGAUGAUUCUGAGGAUGAAGUCGUCGCAAAGGCCGAUCGAGGCUCGGCCGAUGAAGAUGAAGAGAGUGUCGAUGAGGACUUCCGCACCGACAGCGAAAGUGAUGUCGCUGAGGAAUACGAUAGUGACCACGAGAGUUCUGGCUCAGGUAGCGAUGAGAGCAACGUGGACGAAGAUGAGGAAAAGGAUGGUGGCGACGGAGACCAAGAGGAACGUCCCAAGAAGAAGAAGAAGACAGGCUGA